UAUUCAAUUUCUGCGUCAUAGGCGAUCUCCUCACUCAACCAAAGAAGCCUCCGACCAGAAACUCCUCAUAAAACCCCGCAUAAAGUGAACGCCACGACCAUCUUCAUCUCCAAACCCUAAACUUCACAAUGCACUCUGCACGAAUCCUGAGAAACAUUUGUCUUAACCGUCACCUAAUUCUAUCACAGCACCGUUCAAUCUUCACCACGUCGCCGCUUCAAAGCACAUGGAUGGACACCAUCAAAGGAGUCUUCACUGGGAAAAAGUCAUCGUCAGAAGAGCUCAACAUGCCCUCUGAGUCUUUCAGUCUCAUUCAGUUUGCUGAUGGGUUGAAGAAUGCAAGAAAGGUGGGUACUUUCAAGAAUUACAUAGUGGGUAGAAGCAGUGAAGCCACGUUUGUUGAUGCUUUUGAGAAACAGGAAGCCAUUCUUCGCUACCUUGGUGGUAUUGAUCCCAAAGGAGAGAAUAUCCAAAGCAGUCAGAAACAAGAAGCUGCGAAGCAGUGUAAUUGCACAAUAGCUGAUGUUGAGAAUGCCCUCUCUAAGUUCACUUGGGCUAAAGAAGCACAAAAGAAGAUGGAGAAGUUAAAGGAGGAAGGGAAACCAAUGCCCAAAAGCAUGGCUGAGAUUCAAAAGAUGAUGGGGUCAACACCACUGGAUGUUGCCAGGUCCAAUUUGGCUAAGAGUGGGCAGAUCAGUAGAAAUGCCCUCUGUCCUUGUGGUUCCAAGAAGAAAUAUAAAUGGUGCUGUGGAAAAAAUUAAGAUCUAAGAAGAUUAAAUGGAAGAGGAUGUGAGAGAGAUCCUUUGAGAUGGUAAAUCAGUGCAUGUCCUCCAUAGGUCUUUUUAUUAGUGUAACUCUUUGAUGAGUUUGUAUGCCCAGGGAAUCUUAAUUUUUUUCUAAAGCUUCUCGUAUUUAUACAUUUUUUGAUAAUAAGAUUCUGAUGGAAUAAUGCUAUUAUAGACUGCAUAAAGCCAAUAUGAAAGUCCCUUUUAGAUGCCUGGUAA